UAGUGUUUAGACAGCCUAUCAAAGAAAGGCGCACGUGACGAGCGUUCUUUGCGAUGACCUCAUCCCUGGAGUGGGAUGACGUCAAAUUCAAGAUGGAUGGAAUCACGACCAACUCGUUUUCUACAGAAUUCUAUCCAUAGUCUUGGCUUUAAUGCUCAGUGGGAACAGAAGUAGUCCAAGAGGGAGACAAUGGAGACCCUAGUGCAUUACAACAACCCCUUCCACGGGCCUUCUGUGUUGGGGGUGCUCAACGAGCAGCGCCUGAGCGGCCAGAUGUGUGACACGGUGCUGGUGGUGGGGGACCAGAGGUACCAGGCCCACCGGAGUGUCCUGGCAGCCAGCAGUGAGUAUUUCCAGUCUCUGUUCACACGGACGGAAGCGGAUGCGCCGAAGGUGGUCCACCUGGAUUUCUGUGAAGCGGAUGCCUUUGAGAUAGUGCUGAACUACAUGUAUUCCUCCUCGCUCUUUGUGGACAAGGGAAGCCUGGCAGCCAUACAGGAGCUGGGCUACAGCUUAGGAAUCCCCUUCCUGACCAACAUCGCGUCCACAAGGCCUCACGUGUCCUAUUGUGUCUCCAGAAAGAGGCUUUCCUUCUCAGAGGAGGAUGAGACCGACAGUCAGACAAGGAGCGUCAUUGUGUGUCGGACUCGCAGUGACCGGAAAGCCACACAGAGGCCGCCAUCGCCCAGAUCCUCUCAGCAAGAAGCGCCUCAGCCUCCCACGCAUAAUCCUCAACCUGUCAAUUCAAAGGCAAUAGGAACAAGUGACGAUGCCGAGCGCAAGCCCGUCUUUCCAUACAGUUCCAUACUGAAAGGCAACCCAUCGCUGUCCACCAUGAUCAGGCCGCAGCUCACAUCCUCUGUGUCUUUCAGCGACGUGGAAGUCCAGCAUAUUAGGUCCCAGCCCGGCUGCGAGAUGGGCAUUAAAGACGAGGAUCCCGUUUACCACGGCCGAAGUGCUUAUCAAGGUCAGCCGGGUGAACACAGCCAGACCAUCGACCGAAGCGGGCCACUCAUCAAAAGCCUCCUGCGUCGAUCGUUGUCCAUGGACAGCCCCGUUCCAGUGUUCUCACCGACGCUUGAGCUGCAUGGCCGCGAACAGUCCGUCGUCAAAUUGGUGUCGAAGGCGACGGGGACGGAUACGUCCGUCCUCAACGGCAGUUCCAAAACAUCUUCGUCCCCGCUCGUUCUCAGGACAAAGUACCCCAGCGUGUAUGACAAACACGCCACUCAGGUAGACGAAGGGGUCUGCGUGAAGGCCGAGCCCGGCAGCCCUCUGGGGGACCCCCUGGAGAUUAUUCGGAUCACCAUCGGAGACACGUUGCCGGUAAACCUAAAACAUUUCCAACCAAAUAUUGAACAGGGGCCGAGGACGGGCUUUGAUAACUUCGGUAAGAGAAAGGGGAGGGCAGACAAUAGGAGAUAUCCCUUCAAAAAGACCAGAGGGUUGAAUGAACAUUAUCCCUCUGAAAACAUCGCCGUGGCCGAUGACAUCAUGGCAGAGGGGAUGGCACCGUCGAAUCCCAGCCUAGACCGUAAUGACAAUGAUGUAGUCAAUGAUAAUGUUAGUGAGCCACGUCAGGGUAAGCUUUUCAAAUGCUGGAACUGUUUGAAAGUGUUCAGAUCCAAAGCCGGGCUGCAUCGCCACGUCAACAUGUAUCACAACCCCGAGAAGCCGUAUGCAUGCGAAAUCUGCCAUAAGCGCUUCCACACAAACUUUAAGGUGUGGACGCACUGCCAAACCCAGCACGGAGUGGUGCAGAACCCAGCCUCGUCCUCCAGCUCCUCCAUGCUCGACGAGAAGUUCCAGAAGAGACUGAUUGACAUGGUGCGAGAGAGGGAAAUAAAGAAAGCGCUGCUUUGGAAGCUCAAGAGGAAUAAACAAAGCCUACAGUCUCCUAAACUGACCAAAAACCGGCCAAGGACCAAAUUCACCUGUCCCUAUUGUGGGAAAGUGUUUCUGUUCCAGUCACAGUACAAACAGCAUCUGAGGACCCACCCCGACGAAAAUGAUGAGGGGAACGCAUCGAGCAACCGGGACCUUUAUCAGGAACAGGACGCCCCCGUCCCAGAGAAGGCGGACCACCUGCCCGCCAACGUGUACGCCUGUAGACUCUGCAACGUCAAGCUGUCGUCCCUUUCGGAGCAGGGCGACCACGAGCGAGGCUGCCGCCACGCCACCGUGUGCCCGUACUGCGGCCUGCGCUUCUCCAGCACGGCUGUCAAGAAGGAGCACGAGGCUCACUGCAAGUACAAGAAGCUGACCUGUCUGGAGUGCAUGCGCACCUUCAAGUCGUCCUUCAGCAUAUGGCGCCACCAGGUGGAGGUCCACAAUCAGAACAUGAUGACGGUGAAGGAUCAGCUGAACCUCAAGCCGCAGGACGCCGAGGGGGACGAGGACGAAGAGGGGCCCGACGUGCUGGGACACGGCCAGUACGGCCACGACCACAUGCCGACGGGCAGUUCGGGAGAGGACGUGGACUACGGCCGCCACUCGUCGGGCCCGCCCGUCUACGACUCGGAGGACUCUUCGUCCUACGUGCCCGAGGACCUGAGCAUGGGACCCCACGGCAAGCUGGUCGUCAAGGAGGAGCCCAUGGAGGAGGCGGUGUGCGAACGGGAAAUCAUGGACGCCGAUGACGACAACAACGGCGCCACGGAGGAAGCGGGCGUCUGGCCGUGCGAGAAAUGCGGCAACCUUUUCAGCUCUCACAAAGACCUGGAGCGCCACCAGGAGCUGCUGUGUCACAUCAAGCCCUUCAUCUGUCACCUCUGCAACAAAGCCUUCAGGACAAACUUUCGCCUUUGGAGCCACUUCCAGUCCCACAUGUCCACCGGAGAUGACGCCGGGGCCAAAGAGGUCGACAGACGCCCGUCAUCGCCCUCCCCGUCCCCGCCCCUGACGCCUCAAACAACCUCUGAGCAUCCUGGCCCAGCGGCCCUUGCGGCCAAGCCAGCCCAGACCGUGCCUGUAGCCGCAGCGAUCGCGGAAGCGCCCAGCAGCCCGGAGCCGGGCAGCUCGUCAGAAUGCAAGGGCAAGAAUCCGGAAAUGGAAAGACAACAAGGCAGUCCCAGCCCUCUGUCGAGAUCCAACAGCGUGGAGCAGUCGUCUGGCACUCAGGAUCCUGACACUCUGUUCUACCAUGCGCCCACUCUCUCCGCCCUGACAUUUAAAAGGCAGUAUAUGUGUAAACUCUGUCACAGGACAUUCAAGACAGCGUUCAGUCUCUGGAGCCACGAGCAGAGUCACGGCCAUCUGUAGGCCUCACAAAGAGAGUGCACUUUUACCCGGCCCCCCCUACCCCCCUGACAGACGCUACCUAAUAUUGAUGUAACACACCUCUGCUUACACGCGUCAGCUUAAGAAAGGAAGACUUUGAAUGUAUAGCCUACUCGCUUGCCUCCAUGUCAUGUAUUCAAGUGGUCAUUAGAGGUGUAAUGGGUAAUGUGUGCAAUGAAACGCUAUUUUAGAUCUCACUAAAUGAGAUGGUUGGAUGGUUUGCAUAUUGUUACUUUAAACUAGUUUGCUCAUUUAGCAUUUUCUUCACUGGUUAACUUCUGGUGCUUUGUUUUUCUCAAAUGUUUUUUUUGUUGGCAUAAGUAAAACAUAAGAUUAGGCUAGUGCUUUUGUAUAGAUCUAUUGGGUCUGUAGAUGUAUUUCUCAUGGUGGCCUCAGCAAACAUGUAAUAAGUAUGCACUUUGUUACUAAUCACUGUCCGUCUGUCACACAUAAGGAGUGUGAACCCAAGGACAUGUGCACAUUUCCAAGAUGCAUUAUAUUGUUUUUAGAUCGGUGGGGAGCUGCAGAAUUGGAUGGUAUGAAUGAUGGGUAAUUUCAUCUUUCACUUAUUCUAAAUGCAUAUCGUCUAUUCGUUGAUAAAUACCAAUUGAUGGCACAUGCAUAGAUAAGGUUUACGAGCCAUGGAAUUAACCAAGGUUCAUGCAGAAAGAAAUAUAUUCCGAAAUAGUCAAAGGUUUGAGGAUCACAAUAUAUAGCCAUAGUUCAUUUUAGAGAAUUAAAUUAUAAUUCCCCACAUAUUCUUCACUACAGUACUGUCAUGGCCCAUUAUUAAUGAAACUUAAGAUAUUAUUUAUUUAUUUUGACUUCUGAGCAAUUACGAAGAUUCUUGAUACACCUUAGCAAAACUAAGAGUCCUAGUUCCUGUUAAAUUAUAUUCUUACAAUGUUUUUGAGGCCUUAAACAUUUUCUCGAUUUCGAUCAUGUAGAAGCACAAGUUAGGUUUCAGAUCAAAAUAUUGACUCAGGCAAUUCAAAUUUACUGAAGACAAAAGUGGAAGGUAAAGGAAACAAUCUUUCUCAAUCUCUGUUUGACUCAUAAUUGAAAAGUAUUAUUUGAUUGUAUUCUGAUUCCCCGGAAAUUACUUUUCUCUGCCACCUCCAUAAAACCCUAAUCUUACCAACACAAGAGAGAGAGAGGUCAGUAGAACUGACAGCACACAUGGCUUGAGGUAUUUAUGUUACACAUCUAACAAUCAAAGUCAAAGUCAAAGUGUGUAUAUUGUUGCAUGUACCAAAUUGCUUCAGCACAGCAAAAUUCUUACGACUUGGCAAGCAUCAUUCAUCUACGCAAUCAAAUACAUUAUUUAAUUGAAAACAAAAAAAACACUCCUGUCAUGACGAAGGGUUGUGUUUUGACCUGCCAAAGCCUAAACAUAUCCUGAACGGGUUGUGGCUUAACGACUUUAUAUUUAUUCAGAAAAGGUGGAUCUGCCCAAAAAUGGAAUUUGGAUUCCAAGUCAAACCGAAAACAAUGUUGUACAAUGUGCUACAAUGGGUACUCCAAAGACAUGGUCUAACAAAAUAGAAAUCACCCGCGUCUAUAUUCUUCUUCAGAUAUUCUGUAUUGAUUAUAGUGCUCUUAAUUUUAUCAAGAAACUUUAUAUAAAUAUAUCUAUAUAUGAAAGAUUUCAAAGAAUAUCUAGAUUAUAAUAUUGUGUAUAUGGCAGUGUUUGUAUUUUUCGAUUUUGUACCUAUUUUGUUAGUAUAUAAAACAUUAUCUUUCUAGUAUUAUUGUGCUAUUACUGCAAUAAUUAAUAUUUGUAUUAGUAUUGGUUGCAUUAUUGUUGCUUAUUGACUCGCAGCAGUUUUGUGUUUAGGAUUUUCUACAGUUUUGUGCUUCAUUUCUGUAAUAAAGAAUAAUAAUCCAGUAUG